GUCUUCACUGGAACAAAUGGCGACCGUCCAGACGUCAAUGAUACCUUGAUUCUCUUUACGGAUGGCGAUGCACAUGAUCUGAGUACUGCCCGCGAACAGGCUGAAAUCUUGAAGAAAAAAAGUGUUCGCAUUAUCACAAUUGCGGCUGGCAAGGAGGAAUCAGUGCGAUUAUUCCAACCAAUAUUGAUUAAGAUGGCUUCUUCACCUGAAUAUGCGAUCACAGUCAACUUUGAAAAUCUGGAUUUCUUUGACUUUGUCGAGAAGGCCAGCAAAGCUGUUUGCCCAAAGAAGCCAGAAGUAGAAAAUAUAGACAAAUGA